CGAGAACAGUACUGUCACGUGGCGUCUUAAACUCUCCAUUCACUUUACAGGUAAUGCCUUGGCACUGGUAGGCAGGUGCAUAUCUUUCUUUGUUCCAGCAGAGACACGCAAAUACACGGCUUGUGAAGAAACUACCACCUGAGCACUGCUACUGGAAUUCAACGAAUAAGUAACAUAUAGCCUGUAUACAUCGUAUAUUAACAAUAUAUAUUUUUAUACUAUAGUGAAUGAAUGUUGAUUUCACUUUGCUUUGGAGAUGGCCACCGGAAUAUGUGAAAAGUGUGCACAACUGCUAAAGGACUUCGUUGCUUGUGUAAAGAGAUUGCGGUCUGAACUUGUACAGAAGAUAACGGAGUGUAUAAAGAACCUGUCAAGAUGUAGCUGUCUGCGGAGGAAGAGAGCAACUGUUGCAUCCUAUAUCUCAGAGCAGCACGAGAGACAGGCUGCUCGGACACUACUGAACCACCUGGACACAGUGGAUUAUCCUCUACCUGUUGCUCUCCUGGAACCAUACACAGCCCUACUGCUCUCUAAUGACAUGGAGGUUCAGAGGAUCACCACUCUGUCUCUGGUUCAUCUGCUAGUGAAGAACAAAGUGAGUAAGGAGCAGGUGAUUGAGACAGGGAUGCUGAUGCCCCUGCUAGAGAUGCUCCAGUCUGGGGACCCCACUGUCCAGUGUAACUCCUGCCAAUGUAUUGCCUCACUGGCCUCCUCAGACUCAAACCGGGAAGCUAUCGUGUCAGCUGAAGGUGUGAUUCCACUACUGGUUUUAGCCAAGUCUUAUGAUCCCCAAGUCCAACAGAAUGCAGUCUGGGCCCUUUUAAACCUCACACAGUCUGAGAGGACGAUGGGGGUGUUAUGUCAAGAAGGAGCCAUUCCUGUACUGGCACUUCUGUUGCAGUCCUCCAACUAUGAGGUCCAGUUCUACAGCUGCUCUGCCCUGAGCAAUAUAGCCACCAUCCCGGGCCAUCAUCCCAAAAUGUUGGGCAUUGGAGACCGUUUUUUGUUGAAGUCUCUGCUGACACUCAUGUCCUCAUCAGUGCAGAAGAAUGCAUCCCAAGCUUGCAGAUGCCUCCAAAUCCUUUCAGGGAAUGUUGUGACCCAGGAGCAGCUGAUGUACCUGAACUGUGUGUUGCCUCUGAAGGCCCUGCUGUGCUCCGCUACUCCCCCUCUGACUGAGUCUGCUAUAGCACUACUGUCUGAGCUAGCCACACACCAACCCAAUAGAGAGGGCCUUGUGAAUGAGGGCCUGGUACAGGUGAUAGGGCAGCUGCUCCUCUGUCACAGAUCCAGCUCCAUCAUCAACCACAGUGUUGUUACCAUCACCAACCUCAGCAGCACCAGCGAGGGACAGCAGGCUGUUAUGGACAGUGAGUGUGUAACGGGACUUCUCAAGGCCCUUGUGUCCAGUGUGACCUCAGAGGAGACCGUUCUGUGUGUCACUUCCUGUUUACAUCACCUGACAAGCUGGGACUUACUUCAGUCUCAUUUGGCCACAAAAAUUACUCAUGAACAUGUUUCAAGUCUGGUGAAGUUCUCUGCACAAAUGGACAAUCUAGAGCUGUCCUAUAGGUCUGCUUCCAUCAUCAGCAAACUAAAGAUGAACGCACAUGUCAUCCAACUACUGACGCCACACUACGCUGCCAUCUCUGAAUAUCUCCUGAUAUACCUCAAGAACCAGGAAGUGCGAUUCCAACAGCUGAGUAUUGUUACUCUAUGCAACCUGAAGAAAGAUGGAGAGUUUUCAGUGCUGAUGAGUGAUAGUGUGCUGGAGAAGCAGCUAAAAUGGGUGCAUGCACAGACGGAGCAGACCAGGCAGUUACUGCAGGCGAUUCAGAUGCCUCCAUCCUCCUGACCUGUCCACUGGAGCGCUCUCUGCUUCAGGACACGGACCGACACCUCUCUGCUUCAGGACACGGACCGACACCUCUCUGCUUCAGGACACGGACCGACACCUCUCUGCUUCAGGACACGGACCGACACCUCUCUGCUUCAGGA